GUUCAUGAUUCUUUUCUGAGUCUCAUUUUCUGGUUUCUCUGUGGCCCGCCGCACGGUCAUCCCAAGUUCUCGACGCAAAAUGUUACAAAAACUCCAACACGCGACGUUGACUACUCACCAGCCCAUGGAGAUCAUGCCCGCUUCCAAGAUUGGCAGCAUGACCGUCAUGGAAGCCGCCGUGCCGGACAACAUGGAGAGCUAUCUGUUACUACUUAAUAGCGUCGAUGCAACUAUAUCGCAAGUCCUUCUGCAAGCAGCACUUCUCCAGAAAGCACGCAUACUCGAUAAGCUUCGCCAGUCAGAGUCAGCCGCCAUGGGGUGCCUAUUUUGGAAAUCAAGACGCAGCCGCCGGCAGGAAAUCACUCAGGGGUACAGACAUGAUAAUAGGCCUCACUAUGCGCAAUCUGAUUUCUCCAAGGAAGAACCCUACUAUGGGGCCUCCAAGGAAGAUCCCUACUAUGGGGCACCGAGCUUGUACUCGCGCAACACUGACCUCUCCUACGGUUCGGGGCGGUCUACUCUUCUGGAUGAACCCCUUGGUCCCCUCCUCGGACGCAACGAAAGGCCGAAAAAGAUGAGCGUCCGCAAGUUCAACUUGCACGUAGAAUGUGCCGGAUGCAAAUUCUCUCGAAGCAAGUGCCAUAAUAUACUUGACCUGAGACCCUGCGUGGCUGAACAGGAGUACCGCAUGCUCGUCGAAGAGGAAAACAGCACCAAAGGAGAUAUAUACAUGCAGCUUGACCUUUGCGCCUCAAGCUAUAUCGGGCCCGAUGAAUUCAAAAGGUUGCAAAAGCUCUUUGCGGGAGCGGAACGCUGGAACUCGAAACCUAGGACAAAGAACGGUGUCGACCUUGACCAUAUCAUGCUGGCGCUGCUCCAAAAAAGGCCUGCUUACGAGUUUAACCGUGACGGGCGCUGCGAAAGAAUAAUGUUGGCGAGGGUAUACCCUUUCAAGUGGCGUCAUGACUGGAAAUUUAAAUAUGGGUUCACUAAGAUCAACCCGGAGCGAGAGUUAAACGACAAAUCAAUUGUGCCUGUCGAGGUGGUAAUCAGAGACGAGGAGGGCUUGAGAAAUUACCACAGUAAGCCAUCUUUCUAACCGCUAUGUUUUCACAUUAUUUCCUUUACCUCCUUUUUCAUUCUGAGUCGCGGAAUCUUGA